UUAGUUAACCUAAAAAACUCGUGAAGGAUUAAAAAAAAAAAAUACAGACAUAGCAUUCACAUAGGCGAAUGCAUAUAUUUCAACUGGAUAUUUGCUCCUAAGGAGCUCCAGACUAUUUUCACACCGAAUCCUUUCCCAGGACAUCUUCUGCUAUUCUUUUUCACGAAGCGCCGGUGUCGCCAAUGUGUGACAUGUUAUUUGCAUGACUCUUAGCGAACCGUGUAGAAUGACUUUAUGGCUUUUGUUUUCAGAAUGAACCCCCGGGGAAUUCGGGGUUAUUUCCCCAAGAACGAAAUUGCCUUCCACGCAGGAAUGCCUUGAUCCAAUUUCGCGGACUCCGGCUCAGGGAUAACGGACAAAGUCGCUGCCAUGGGCCCGUGCCAACUCUUUGCGUCUUUAAUUACGUCCACGUUCUAUCACAUGCUCUCUACAACCGCUUGGUCUGUCAAUAACUUCCUGAUGACAGGACCAAAGGCCUACCUCAUAUACACGAGCAGCGUGCAGGCCGGCGCGCAUAGCGGCAUGCAUGAGUGCAAACGGCAGUUCGAAUGGGACAGGUGGAAUUGUCCGGAGACCCCCCUGCAGCUGUCCACCCAUAACGGACUCCGAGGCGCCACCAGAGAAACGUCUUUUGUCCACGCCAUAAGCGCAGCCGGGGUGAUGUACACUCUCACUAAGAAUUGCAGCCUGGGGGACUUCCAUAACUGCGGCUGCGACGAUACGAAGGUUGGACAAUCUGGUGGAAGGGGGUGGAUUUGGGGCGGCUGCAGCGAUAACGUGGAAUUUGGGGAAAAGGUUUCCAAAGAGUUUGUGGAUGCCCUGGAGACAGGCCAUGAUUCACGAGCCGCAGUUAACCUGCAUAACAACGAGGCUGGGAGACUGGCGAUUAGGGACACGAUGAAGCGAUCCUGCAAGUGCCAUGGGGUGUCUGGAAGCUGCAGCAUCCAGACCUGCUGGCUGCAGCUCUCCGAUUUUAGGGACGUCGGCAACUACCUGAAGGUGAAGCACGACCAGGCGCAGAAAUUUGAGAUUGACAAGCGGAGGAUGCGCGCCGGGAACAGCGCGGAUAGCAGAGGCGAUGCGGUCAGCACCAUCGCGCGGACAGAGCUGAUCUAUCUGGAGGACUCCCCGGAUUACUGCAGGAGGAACGCGAGCCUGGGUCUGUACGGCACGGAGGGCAGGGAGUGUCUGCAAAGCGGGAAAAACCUGUCUCAGUGGGAGAGGAGGAGCUGUCGGAGGCUGUGCCACGACUGCGGCCUGAAAGUGGAGGAGAGGCGAACCGAAACCGUCAGCAGCUGCAACUGCAAAUUCCACUGGUGUUGCACGGUCAAAUGCGAAAAAUGCACCCAGGUGGUGACGAAGCAUUUUUGCGCUCGCAGGGACAGGAGCCGCAGGCCUGCAAACAGCACGCGGAGACGAAACCGCGUGCACGACGGCUGAUGUUCCCAAACGCUCGAGACAGCAGACAAUAAAUCAUGUACGUUGCCAACAUUUGAAAAAAUGUUUUCAUGGCGUUUUCACAAACGCACUCCAGGAUGCUGGAACCAUGGAUUCCUAUAGACUCUGGGUUUACCAUUUAAAUAUGCCACCAUGCCUCUGUCUCAUAACAUUAAGUUAAAUAUGUAUUUUCACAGUCUACUGAAUGUUUUAUUGUUCUUUAUUCACUCCCAAUGUUAUGCACUUUUGGACUACAGUAACACGAACGAUUAUUCUUUGUAAUGUAUAUGAAUGCGUUUUUUACUUUUAUCUGCACGAGCACGACCAUGCACAAACUUCCUGCAUGCUCACGUUCACUCUUCGAUGGACUGUAAAAUAUAAUUUAUAAAAAGGCAUCUUGUGAAUGUUUUUGGUUUUAUGUAGUGAACAGCUAGUAUAUAUAAGUCAUGAGAUAUCAGUUUAAAUGCGACGGUCACAUAUAUUUUUGUAAUGUGAACUCCAGAUUAAAUGCUAAGAAAUGAAAAUCAUCCUGGAAUAGGUUAUCUUUGUGUCAUGUUUCCUUAAAUACAGUCUCAUUGGUUUAUUA